AUGCCGCACGGAGUGAUUCGCGAUGCCAUCAUGGGUGGUGACCAAAAGGGUGUGCUAUCGUUGGAGCGACUGGACCUUCUACAGCAGGUGAUCCCUAAUGACGACGAGGUGACCCAGCUGCAGGCGUACACGGGUCCCGUGGACGCUCUCUGCGCGCCCGAGCAGUUCCUCCUCACCCUCGCCUCCAUCCCCCGCCUCCGCGACAAGAUCGAGGUGCUCGUCUUUAUGCUACGAUUCGCUGACCUGCACAAGCAAGCGCACACAAUCAUGGCCACCGUCACACGAGCAUGCCAACAGGUGCACAGCAGCAGGGCGCUGAAGGCGUGUUUGAAGGUGGCUCUGGAAUACGUCAACUUCCUCAACCAUGGCACUGCACGAGCCGGAGCCGCUGGAUUCAACGUGGAAUCUCUGCCAAAGCUCUUCGACCACAAGACCACCGUCACCGUCCCUCCACCCCUUCCUCCCGGCACACCCAAACCCGACUCCUCCAACUCCCUUCUCACCCCAGUCCAGCGCUCUGUACCCCGUUCCCACUCCCACACUGACUCCUCCACCCAAAUCAAAUCCCCCCCUGGUAUCCAGAUUCAAAUCCCUCCACAAGACCACUCCUCCUCCCUUCCCAUCCACCAAUCCGCCUCCCUUCCCUCCCUGCACAACCAUCCGUCUGCCUCCCAGCCGCCCCCAACCACGCCCCUCCCUGCUGCUGCUCUCGCGCCUGCAGCAGCCGCUCUCUCUCCUAGGCCCAUGUCUCCCCGUGCUGCUGCGUUCUCCCCGAAAGCGGUUGCGAUGGCAGCAGCAGCAGGGGACGCGGAUGCGUUGAGCAGUGCUAUUCUGCGCGCGUCCUGCCUGCUGGAGGUGGUUGUGCUGCGCCUCGCUGCCACUGGCAUCGUCGCCCCGCCCUUUGAAAUGAGCAAGGAGCUCGAGGCUGUGGGGCUCGCUGCUAAGUACUCGCAGUUUCAACCCCCUAUCCCCCCCUCCUUUCCGCCAUCCAUUCCGUGUCCCUUGUGGCAGGACGAGAUAGACUCCUCGCUGACGCCAAUGGACCAGGGCAUAGGCAUAGUGGAGCGAGAACUCGCCUUCCUCAUUCGCGAUGAGGAAGCAGCAGCAGCCGCAGAGGCAGAAGCCAAGGCGGCAGCUGAAGCUGCUGCUGCUGCCGCCGCCACUGCUGCUGCUGCGGCUGCUGCUGCAGCUGAAGCAGGUGGCGACGUGGUUGCAGAAGCGCCUGCAGGGUCAGAAGCAGCACAAGGGGGUGUGGCGGCAGGGAGGAAAGGGGGUGGUAGUUCAAGGCGAGGUUCGGAGGAGGAAGCAGUGGGGGAGCUGCUGUCGCAGCAGGCAGCAGCGGUGGCUGCAAAGCAGUCGUUACGCAUAGGAGCAGUGGAGAGGGAGAGCUGUGACUCGGAACUGAGCUCUGGAUCCGUGACUGGUGGGGUUGCAGCGUCGUGUGCGGGGCCCUGCUUUGCCAAGGAGAAAGGGAAGAGGCGGUCGGUGUUUGGGGUGACGUCUCGAGUGAGAGGUGGGAAGAAGGAGAAGGGGAAGGAGGUGGCGGGGAAGGGUCAGGUGGCAGUGCGAGGGGGAAAGGGGCAAGCGAAGGUGCGAAAUGAAAAGAGUGCAGUUUCCAAGGGUGAAGAGAUAACGAGCGGAGGCAGCACAAACAAAGACGCUGAGUCGAAAGCUCCUGGCGCUGUUGCUGCUGCUGCAGGCCCUGGCCCUCUGCCCACUCUUGUCCCACCUUCACCUCUUGUUGCCCCUCCUCCUCCCCCGCCUCCCCCACCUCCCCCUCUUCCCCCUCCUCCCCCUCCUCCCCAACCCCGACCUCCUCCACGUCUAGCCCAACCACAGCAGAAGCAGCAGGGGAGACAGGAGGCGACAGAAGGGGGCAGGGGUGCUGUGUGCACGUCUGUCAGCCAUGUGGAGGGGGGAGUACACCAGGGGGCAAGUGGGAAGCUGAGAGGCGUUGUGGGCGAUGAGGCAACGUCAGCUCCUCUUUCUGCUGCGAAUUCGCUUGAUGUGACUCCAGGGCAAACCACGACUACUACGCCAGGACUCGCCUUUGGUACGCCGAUUGCUGUAGCGCCUCCCUCUGCUGGCUUUACUGGCCAGAGCCGCUUGCUGCGGGCUGCGGGCGGCAGCGGGCCGUUCAGGCUUAUGAGCGAGCUCAGAGACUCAAGCAGCAGCGGCAGCAGCAGCAGCAGCAGUGAUGGUGGUGACGAAGAGGAGGAGCAGCACGAGGAGCGUGAGAGGACUGGCAAUGGCACUUUGGUGCAUGGUGCUGAUGGUGGGGGGGUGCUGUCUGGCGGGGAACGGUGGAGUGGUGAGCUGAGUGGUGGGGCAGGGCACAGGUUGGUGCGAGGGGGUGGUGGGGGCGGGAGGAAAAGGUCCACACGGCCUACAUGCGUGGUGUACCGAAGAAGUCCGUUUGACGGGGCUAUAACCCCUUCCCCAGGCACCAAACGCGCGUGGUCUGAAGGCAAUCUGCUUGUUCGGCCCGAAUUUCUUCAACGGGGUUCUGGACUGAAGCCAGGGACAGCGGAAACAGGGGCAGGCGGGGCAGCAGGACGGGGAGGAGGCGGGGAGGAGCAGGGGGGAUCGGAGGGGAAUGUGGAAGGGGAGACGUCUGUCUCUGGGCCCAUGCAAAAGGGAGACGAUGGAACUGAGGUGACGCAGAAUCCGGGCAGUGGAAAUGAGGAGGGAUGGGAGGAGAAGGAGCAGGCUCCUCGGAAAUGCCUGCAACCAUUGUUUGGAAAUUGCUCCUCUCCCCUGAAAGCUGCGACUGGGAGUUCCAACCACGUGGGCUGCCAUGCUGCUGGUGCUGCUGCUGGCAGUGGUGGUGGUGGUGGUGGUGGCGCUGGCACUGAAACCAUCGGCAGCAGGAGCAGCAGGCGAGGAUCAGGUAGGGGCGUUGUGAGGAGGCACAAGAAGGGCACCAGCGGCAACGCUGCUGCUGCUUUUGGCGGUGGUGCCGCUGGCGUUCGCAGCAGCAGCCGGAUCCUCCCCCGCACCCGCAGUGACCCCACUCAGCUUGAAAGUCUCGCCUUUCACGAGUUCCUGAUGGAAGCGAGUGUGUCCCGCUCUGCUGCCUGUGAGUGUGGUGGCGGCCUGUGUGCGUGUAAGGGAGGUCACAGUAAGAGGAGGAGGGGUGAUGGGCCGCGCUCUCUGCUGGCACAUGGAAGUCGCAGCGUGUCUGUCACAGAAACAAACCUUCGUGGUAGGGCCUACUCUGCUGUCGCCUCUGCUGUGACCUCUGCUGCCGCCUCAGCUGCUGCUGCUGCGGCUGCUGCGGCUGCGGCUGCUGCUGGUGCUACUACCUUGUAUGGUACAGAGGACGUGGAGUAUGGUGAAGAGGCGUGCAGUGCGUUGGUGGGAGUGGGGGGUGAUGAAAGCGAAGGGGCGGUGGAAGGGAGAGAGGGAGUGGGGGGAAGGAGAGGGGGAGCAGGGGGCAUGAGGGAGGUGAGAACGUCUGGCAAGUUGAGGAUCAAGGUGCCAGCGAGAGAGGGGUGUGAUGCGGUCGAAGGAGGUAGGGUAGGCGAAGGGUCUGGAGGUGGGACGACUGAGGGGCCAGAGCUGAGAGGUGUGAAGGGGAGUGAGACCGAUGAUGGUGCUGGUGAUGGCUCUGGCAGUAGUGGUGUGUUGGAGGAGGGACGGGAAGGCGUUCGCAACCUUACCUCUCAGCAAGGGAAGGAAGCAAUUGAGGGAACUGAAGAGAUCAGGGGGACUGCAGCAGAACGAGCAGAGGAGGAGGAGGAGGAGGAGGAGGAAGAGAUGGGGGAGGAGUGUGACGACGAGGAUGGCGACGAGGAGUGGGAUGAGGAAUGGGAUGACGAGGAGGAAGAGGAGGAGGACGACGAGGAGGAGAGGGACGAUGCGUCGACAGAGGAGGGCCGCCGGGAGCUGUCGCUGUGCGAGCACCUGACAGCGUUCUUGGACAAGGCGCGCCCGGAGAGGGAAAAGCUAGCGGAGGAAGCAGCAAGUUGCAGGGAGCAACUCAAGGCUCUCGCGAAAUAUUUCGGGUCCUCACCAACUGUAACACCACAUGCUGUGCUUGGGAUCAUCUGGCAGUUUGCUCUGCUCUACGAUAAGAGCCAGCGCCUGAGUGGCCUUCUCUGA